AUGAUCCGCCGUCCUCCCACCUCGAUCGGUCUCACAGCCGAUGACCUCGCCAUCUUUGAGAAACAAUACGCGUCCGGCGAGAUCUAUGCGCACCACCACGACGACAACGAUACGAACCACAAGGCUGGGAAGAAGCGGCGCGCACAAGGCCAGGAUGGUGAGGCUCCGGGCGAACCGAAUGAGGGAGGGAUUCAGGCGGCUGGAGAUGCGAAUGCUGCAGAGGGACGCGAGGGUGAUGGAGAGCUGACACAAGCGCAGCGGGCCGAGGAGGAGAGGAAGGCGAGAACCCGAGAGCAGAGAAUCCUAGGGAGCACGGGCGAUGUUGCUGCGGCGGCGGCGGAUGAGGGUGGUGAGACUAUGAACACAGGUGAUGAGGGUGGGGUGGCAGGCAGUGGAGCUCAGACUGUGCUGCAGCAGCAACAACAGCAACAACCACAGCGCUGA